UCACCGCUUCCAGAACCUCACAUUGGCAUAUGGCGUCUUCGAAGGACGGCAACAAGCGGUUGGUGGAGUCGCUCUACGAAGCGUUGUCACGGGGGGAUACAGAGGCGGUGGCUGGGUUGAUGGCGGAGGACUUGGAGUGGUGGUUCCACGGGCCACGGCGGUGCGAGCACAUGCGGCGGGUGCUGACAGGGGAGGCGGGGCACGGAGAUCACUUCCGGUUCGUCCCACGGAGGGUGACGGAGGUGGGGGAGGGGGGGUGGGUGGUGGCGGAGGGGUGGGAGGGGGACCAGGCCUACUGGGUCCAUGCCUGGGCCGUGGAGGACGGGGUCAUCACCCGGUUCAGGGAGUACUUCAACACCUGGGUCACUGUGAGGGAGCUCAGCCCGCGAAUGCCGACCGAGGCCAGCAGCUCCAGGGGAAGCCGGGAGGCCCCGGCCUUGUGGCAGAGUGAGGCCCUGGUGCACCUGCGACGUUCCCUGCCAACGCUGGUGCUCGCCAUUUGAUUGCUGGGCUUGCAUGCGAAUGGGUUUAACUUGGUGUGUUUUGUGGGAAUUAAGAGGGAACUUCAGGUUGUGCAUGAAAUGUUUAGGUUCCAUGAAAGCGGGUAUGGUUCU